AUGGCCGUGCCAUUGUAUUCCGAUGGCCUGAUCGAUCACAUCCGAAACAGGUUUCCCAAUGGAUCCCAGGGAUCCGCUCGAAAACUGUGGGCGGAGAUCCCCACGUCGUCGAAAAAGAGAAGCCGUCUCCUCUUCUUGUAUGUUUGGCCAUGAAAAUUCUAGCUUCUCCCCUUUUGUGUUUCAUUGAUUUCAUUCACUUUUAAAAGUUUUUUGUCCUUUUUUGAACUUUUCAGCGUAAACUAAUAGACUUAAAGUUUUCAAACUGUUCAUACUGUCACUUUUCUCUGGCUGGGUAUUCCAAUUUUUGAUUUUCUCUUCUGUAAAAAUGUUAUUUUUCUUCCUUUUUUGGUUAAUAUAUACUCCUUAAAAAGUAUUCUUGAGAAGGAAAUUGGAAUUUUUCUAUCAGAACUCAGCGAAAAUCGUUUUCAUUUGAAAAAGUGAGGCAUUUUUAUUUUUGGGCCGUCUUCUUGAUCUAAUAUAAGGAAAUUUGUUUCAUCAUGGUCAAUUAUUUAAUAUAUUUUUUUCAGGUUUAAAAAUCGCCCUAACUAGAAAUUUUGAAAGUAUCAGCUUAAAAACUGUAUUUUUAAAAUAAAUUUAAAAAAUUAUCUUAGAAUUUUUUUCUGCUGGAAUCCUCUUCGAACAUCCUGCUCUUCAUCGUGUUUCCCAUCGAUUUCUGUCAUUUGUGGAGAAUUUCCUAGCCUUUUCUCAUAUUUUAAAAACAUAUUCUGAAGCUCGAUAUUCAUUUAAAAAAAUAACUAUUAGAGUAUGAACUAUAACUUUUUUUAGUGAAAAACCUUGAAAAAUUCUCGUGAAAAAUUUCAUCAUUUCUUGUUUCGUUUCAACACUAAAAUAUGCUCCGAAGCCAUCAGCCCAAUUUAUUUUCAUUGUAAAAUUCCUCCUUGCUCUUUUUUUUUGAUAAAUAUUUUCAGCGGAACGGGAAAAAAAAAUUGGAAAUCUCGAUAAAUGCGCUGUUUGAAGUGCCAAACGCAUGUCUGCAAGCGGCAUAACUCCUAUCGACUCAUUACCAGGUUUUUAAAGACCGAUUACAGUCAAAAAUGUCAAUUUGAUUGAAUUUUCAAUUUUUUUAGCCUUUUAAUGAGAGAUUUUCUCAAAAAUCGUUUAAAAAAAGGACGAUUUCCAGAGAUCGACUGCACAAAACAAUGUGGCUGAACGACUACGUUAUCAAACACUACAGACCCACUAAAAUGUCACCUUGGAUGUGUAUUUGCAGGUAAAUAUUAUGAAUUAUGACUCAUAAUAUUUAUUCAAGUUUCUGGCUUGGCGAACUCAGAUUUUUCAUAGGUGACUAUCUGCAAGUUCAAGAAAAUACUUAAACUAGCCACUAUUAUGAUAUAAAUAGGGUCCGCAAGCCAUUUCUUCAAAACGAUCCAAAAAAUAUGCUUUUUACACUAUUCGAUAGAGGAGACCGUCCAUUUUCAUAAUCCGUUCAGUUUUAGAAAAAAGCUCCACUAAGAAAAAAGUUAUGGCCAAAAAACGAGCUCGCGCGGCGUUCAACUGGAGGCAAAAUCUCACGGUUUACCCGCUGCCGCACGCUUUCUUUUUAAAUGUUUUUGCGCAUUUCUGAACCGUUUUCGAAUCGGUUUUUUGUUCUGAGAGGUUGUCCGAAACUGAGCUUAACGUUUUGGCAUAAGUCUUUUUGUACAAUCCUCAUAAGAAUUUUUUUGAUAAAAUAUCAAAAAAACUACUUAGAAAAAAAGGUCAGAAGGAAUUUUUCAGCUUAUUUUUUUCUUUUUUUCUAAUCAGAAAAAAAUUAUUAUCAUUUGGUUUGGAAAAAAAGAAAAAAAUGAAAAAAAUAAUGUUAUUUCGAAAUAAAACAGGAAAAUGUGUAAUUUGACUCCAAAAAACGGCUCCUGCAACAUUUAAAAGUGCGCAUCGGUGUGUUUGACGCAAACACAGCUACGAAUGCUUGCACGAUUUCUUCCAAAAUUUCAAAAAAAUUGCCAUUUUUUCGAGGUUUUCAAAGCCGUUAUUUUUUUCGCGUCGUUUGAUUUUUUUCAUAAUUUUUUCAUUGAUAGAGUUUUGAACGCUUAAUAACAUAAACAAAAGUAUAGACGCGAUCCUAUUCUCUCAUGCGUCAACGAGGCAGACGAAAAAAGGAGGUUUUGGUAAAAUCCAAAUAUAAUUUGAUUCACUGUCCCAAUAAUUAUUUUCAUUUUGAAUUUUUGUUUGUGAGCACAUUUUGAGUUUUUAAUUCAAAUAAAAAAAGUAUACCAUGUCGCUGAAAUUUUUUUCGUAUUUCAGCUUCAAAGUUUGGUGUCACUUUACAAGCUUCGAUUUUUCGCGUCGUUAGUUUUUUUAAAUUUUUUUAUUCAAAAAAAUAAAAGAAAGUGUUAAUGUAUAACAUACUCAAAAAUUCGGAAGCGUUCCUCACUUGGUUUUCAGAAACGCGACGAUUUUUGUGAAACUUGUCAGUUUUUUUCGUGUUAAAUGUUACUUUUUUUCGCUUAUUUUUUUGAAAAAAAUACAUAGUUUUAAAAAAACAUUCAGUCUUGUAGAGCGUUGUCGAUUACAUAGAUUAACAGAAACAGUUUAUUUUGAAAGUGGAACUUUAGCUAGUAUAAACGCCUCAAAACCGUUUUUGCAACAAAAAAAUCGUCAUUUUGGUGGCGUGAAGGGGCGGGGCUUUGCGCCCCCUACCUAGACUCCUAGACGGACCACUAUACAUCACCAGGAUUCAGAAGCUCCGGUUUUCGUUGUGGAGAUCCGGGCAAUGAAAAAAUCGGAUGUUUCUGGGCGAUUCUAGGGAUCACUUAAGAGCUCUGACGCUAUUAUAGGGGCCACUAUAAAUGCUCCGACAUGUCCGAUUCGCGUCAGUUCUGCGUUACCAAAGUCAAUAAAGAAGUAGUUCGCUAGAGCGCACUUGUCUUACUUUUUAAGCCAUAACCCCUAAUUUAAUUCAACUUUUUCGAAAUUCAGUGCAUUCCACUGGACGAACGAAACGGUGAACAUCUGGAGCCACCUCCUCGGAUUCAUCUACUUCUCCUAUCUUCAGUACCACACCAGUCUUCAGGUCCUACCCUCCAUCGGUGGUCAUUUUUCUGACCAUCUUGUCGUUUUCUUGUCUCUUUUAGGGAGUCAGGUAACUUCAUAGUAUCCUCAAAAACUUUCUAGAACUAUUUUUAUUUAGAUGUGUAUGUUAUUAUCCGCAUCGUAUCACACAUUCGGAUGUACGAGUCCAGAAAGUCGAAGAAAAUGGCUCAAAUUGGACAUUUUCGGCAUUUCGGCCGGACUUUUGGGCAUGUACUUGAGCGGCAUCUAUACCGCCUUCUUCUGCUUUCAGGUAAGUCUAAAUUGAAAAACAGUAUGAAAAAAAAGACAGAAAAAUCAUCAAAUACGUCCUGAAUUCGCUUGAAAAAUAAAAAAGAAACUUUUUUUCAGGAUCAUCUGAACACCUACGCCUACCUGUUACUUUUGAUAUUUGUCAUUACGGCCUACGUUCCUACGCGACAAGAUUUCUUCGAAAAGAAAGUCGCAGGUUUGACUUUUGAGAAUUUUUUUCUACUUACAAGUAAAAUGGAUACUUACUUCUUUAGAAUUUUUUUAAAAAUUUAUUAAUUCGAAAAAAAUUAUUUUUUUCGGUUAAUUGAGAACGCAAAAAAACUGGAAAAAGACGAUGAAAAAAAGCCUUAGAAAAAGUUAAACAUGUUUCUUCAGUUAAAUUUUUUUAAAAGCCAGGUCGGGCAAACAACUGAUAGCUUUUUUUUACGAUUCAUCCUGCUCAAUUUGUGCCAAUUUGCACCAGACCCAUUCCAAAUGCGACUUAUUACUGUAAAAUUCAAACUUCAAAAAUUCUUCGUUUCCUGAGAAUAUUCACCCAUUUUCUUUCCAAAAAGUGUGGCUGUGCUCUGUUGAUCUUUUAGCGAACAUUUUCAUUCUUCCAUGAGUGAGAGAGAAGGAGAGCGCAGAGAGUCAGACUCUUUCAGGCUUUUCAAAAAUGCUCCUAAUUCCACCUUUUGAUCCUCUGACCGUGCCAGGACCUUCCUUUAAAAAAUCUCAAGAUUCUUAAAGUUUAGGAUAAACUAGCGACCUCAUCUCAUAAUUCAAAAGCUGCAUGAGAAUUUUCAAAAUUUCACUUUCAAUGAGAUUUUUGCUGAGUUAAUUUUUUUAUUUUUUAUUUUUAGAAGACCUCAACCAGUCAAGCUCACUCUUUCGGCAUUCCGAAGACCAUUUCUUGGAAAAUCAUUGGAUUUUCACCAGUUUAGGCUCGCGGAUCGGACUCCUCCACGUCAUCUACUGCGUUAUCAUCACAUUUGGCAUCUGUCCAACGAUUCAUUGGGUUUUCCUGCACGGCGGCUUCGGCAACGCUCACGUCACCGUGAGUUUGACUGACCCAGUUGCCUCGAACCUCUUCGUCGCGCCCUCAUUCUUCUCCUUCUCACUUGCAAAUCUCAGAGAAUCGAACAAUAUGAUCGUGAAAUCGAGCGCCUCAUUAAAUAACACAUUUUUUUUUUGAAAAUAGGACAAAAUGUCGUCGCGAGACGUGAAGUUUGGUACCAUAAAAAGUCAAUAUUUAGUUUCUUCCUUCAAUUUAUCAAUCUUAACUCGGAACUUGGUUACGCGAACGGGAUGCGAAUUGGACGUUUCGGGGCAUUUCUAGUGACCACUUUAGUAGCCUCAGCACUUUUAAGUGAUCCCUAGAAUCACCCAAAAACGUCCGGAGCACGUCCGUUUCGCGUUACCAAUGUCCUAGGUCAAUUAUUCAAAAAAUCGCAGUUUUUGGAAAAAGUCAACUUGAGGCUUUGGAGCGUCUUCUGCGCUCUGAUGAGAAUUUUAUAUCAUUUUAUUUUCUAACGCCAGAUUUGUUCUAAAAAGCAAUCGUGUACUCUGAUGAGGAUUUCAUAUUUUUCCAUUUUUUCAACCCGAAGUAGAAUUAUUUUUGCUAGUGAAACCUGAAGGCUAUUUUAGAUGUAUUUUGUGCGCUCUGAUGCGAAUUUUUUUUUCAAAGUUGGGAUAUAAUUUUAACUCAUUUUUAACGUAGCCAAUGUCCGAGAACUCAAUUCGAAUUGCAAGAGUUGCCCUGGAGCGUAAGGCUACCCACAAAAAAAUGAAAUAAAUUUUAAAAAACAUCAAAAAUUUUGUGAUUUUUCCCACUUCACUUGUAACCAAGUCCAUGCCAUUUAUUCUAUUUUCAAAAUCAAAAACUCGAAUCUGAAUUCCAGAAAUGGAUCCCAAGCAUUUUCGUUCUCUACGGACUGAUGGCCAGCGCAUUUUUCUUCUACGUCAGUAUGGUUCCUGAGCGAAUUUGGCCAGGUUGGUCUUUUUUUUCCUUUUCCUUCGGGAGAUCCAAUCCUUCCAAUCCUAAAAAAGACAUUUGAAAAUUAGAAUUAUUUUACAAAUAUAUUCAGUUUAAACUUCUAUGAGUGAAAGACUAAUACAGCAUCAGAAAGUUGUUGCGAAACAUAUCUUUGAACAAAUUUCAGGCUUAAAAACGAAGAUUUUUCAAUAUUUCUAAUUCGGGCCAAAUUAAAGAUUUUCUCGUUAUUCAGUAAGCUUUUUCUAGUGGGACAUUUUGAAAAAGUUUGGAGCUCUCAGAAAUCUUCAGGUUGAACAAAAAUCGAGAUAAAUGAUGUUACCAUAUUUAUGACGCAGACUACAAUUUCUCCACUUUCUAUACAUAUUAACUCUCUAAUACAUAACCAUUUAAUUAUGUUCGAUUUUCCCUUACAGAAAUCAUUAAUAACUUCUCCUUCCAGGCCGAUUCGACGUCGUCGGCUGCUCCCAUCAAUGGUGGCAUCUGCUGAUUCUGGGCGCCAUGGUAUACUGGCAGACGGCGGGGCUCAAUCUCCUCACCGAGUACCGUAUCGUUCAAGACUCCUGUCACCGUAACCUCAAUCCCACUCCUCCCAGUAUGCCUGCAAAUCUCACAGCUGCUUUGAGGUCUUAG